AUGAAUACUGUAGGGACAGAAUUGAGACCACUGCUGUGUGUUAGGAUGCUGUUUGUGUAUGUAGAGUGGGUGUAUAGUGUGCGGAUUGAAUAGUCUCUACCCCUGUGUGUCAGAUCACCUGUAAGAACUAUGCAGGGAGACAGCUGCUGAAUUGCUGGACUCCCCCUGCUGUGCCAGCCCCCAGGCGGGGGUGCAACACUCCCACCAACCCAAACGCUGAGCUCCUCGAACUCUCUGGUAUGGGAAUCCAGUAGCAGCUGGAAAUCAGUCAAUCAAUUAAUCAUAUUUUAUUGCUAUAAGUCGAUAAGCCUUGCACUUUUAUUGAUAUAGGCCAACCUUAUUAUGCUAUUCAUUCCAGGGCUCGACAUUAACUUUUUUUAUCCACUUGUCCUUCGGACAAGUCGGACAGAUUUUUUACUUCUCGAAAAGCUCAUGUCACUUGUCCCCCCAAAAAUGUAAAUGGUCUGUAACACCAUUUGUACAUCAUUGUAUGAUUCAAGGAACCACUUUACAAAAUAAAAUGCAUUAGUAUCUUUUUUACCAUAGAGAAUCAGACAAACAUGUAGGCUACACUCUGCCUAUUGGCUUCUGAUGCAUAUUCAAGGAGAAGUGGGUAGCUGCAUCCUAAUGUGGUGACCAGAGUAUGGGCGAGUGGGUAUGUCGAAUGGAAAGUAGUGGGCGUGUCGAAAGGAGUGGGUGUGUUGAAAGGAAAGUAGUGGGUUUGUCGAAAGGAGUGGGUGUGUCGAAAGGAAAGUAGUGGGCGUGUCGAAAGGAGUGGGUGUGUCGAAAGGAGUGGGUGUGUCGAAAGGAAAGUAGUGGGCAUGUCGAAAGGAGUGGGUGUGUCGAAAGGAAAGUAGUGGAUUUGUCGAAAGCGCUCUGAUAUAGGUGAGACAGUUUUGAUUGAGCAGUGUUUUUGGGGUUUUUUCACGCAACUAUCGUACAUUAAGCUACCGUACCGCAAGAGUUUGGACUUCUGUUUUUAAGCCAGAGGAUGAGUCUGAGUCUUUUUUCACUGUUUUACACAAAUAAUUGUACUUUUCCAGUUAUAAAACUGACGAUUGUUUAUUUUUGAUUAAAAGUAUUGAUGAUGGGUGUACUGUUGCUUCAUGCGUUGUAUGUGUGUGCUUACUGUGACUGUCACCCUGAUAUUGGAUACAAGGUAGCUACUUCCCACACCGUUGCCAGACAGUAGUGCUUGUCAAGUGGAGCCGAAGAGCACUGGGUCUCGGUGUUGUUGCCGUUCAUGCCCUAUCCAUUGAGUAGUAGACUGUAUGUAUGUGACAUCUAGAUGGCUAUUAAUAUUAGUUAUUUCUUGUGUAGGCUGUUAUCCUACUUAAAAUAAAAUAAUGUGAGAGAAAAAAAUGGCCACGUUAGAUACCGCCGGUGACACGUGAUAGCCAGUAGGAAGCACUUCAAGUCGGUAGGCAUGUCGAUACAACACCGGUGCACUGGUCGCCGGCUUAUCGACUCGUUGUGCAGCCCAAUCAGCCACGGUAAUCAGCCUGUCUCAAAAUACAACGCUGCCCCUUUAAGGCUCUCCUGGAGGAUGGUUGGCCACCCUUGGUAGCCUAUAAAAUAUUGCAACAUUACAAUUUCAACCAAGUACUUUUUAUGUCUUUAUAGAAUAAUUCCAUCCAGGGCUCGAAAUUAAGGGCGUCCCGUCGUCCCUGGGACGAUAAUAAAUAUGUCUACAGUUCAAAACAGACUCUGGGACAGACUCUGGGACAGUUCUGGGACGACAGAUCCAAAAUUUAAAAAAGCAAUGAGGCUGAUGCAACAGAUCCAACAUGGAUCAAAUUGUGUUUCUUCAUAUUAUAAACUCAACAAUGCGCACAUGGCUGUAGGCUACGUGGGAAUGUUCCAAAAUGCAAUUAGCGGGAAAAGGCCUUUCUCAAAAGCGCGAGCGGUUUCAUGUAACAGAGAUGAAAAUAUCCAUUCGAAAUUAAGAAAGAGGUGAGAUCUUACUAGCAACUAGCAUGGGUUACUUACAGUGCCUUCAGAAAGACCUGUUGACUUUUUCCACAUUUUGUUACGUUACAGCCUUAUUCUAAAAUGGAUUAAAUAAAUACAAAUCCUCAGCAAUCUACACACAAUACCCCAUACUGACAAAUUGAAAACAGGAUUUUAGAAAAUACCUUAUUUACAUAAGUAUUCAGACCCUUUGCUAUGAGACUCGAAAAUGAGCUCAGGUCUAUCCUGUUUCCAUUGAUCAUCCUUGAGAUGUUUCUACAACUUGAUUGGAGUCCACCUGUGGUAAAUUCAAUUGAUUGGACAUGAUUUGGAAAGGCACACACCUGUCUAUAUAAGGUCCCACAGUUGACAGUGCAUGUCAGAGCAAAAACCAAGCCUUGAGGUCGAAAGAAUUGUCCGUAGAGCUCCGAGACAGGAUUGUGUCGAGGCACAGAUCUGGGGAAGGGUACCAAAACAUUUCUGCAGCAUUGAAGGUCCCCAAGAACACAGUGGCCUCCAUCAUUCUUAAAUGGAAGAAGUUUGGAACCACCAAGACUCUUCCUAGAGCUGGCCAAACUGAGCAAUCAGGAGAGAAGGGCCUUGGUCAGGGAGGUGACCAAGAACCCGAUUGUCACUCUGACAGAGCUCUAGAGUUCCUCUGUGGAGAUGGGAGAACCUUCCAGAAGGACAACUAUCUCUGUAGCACUCCACCAAUCAGGCCUUUAUGGUAGAGUGGCCAAAUGGAAGCCACUCCUCAGUAAAAGGCACAUGACAGCCCGCUUGGAGUUUGCCAAAAGGCACCUAAAGACAAGAUUAUCUGGUCUGAUUAAACCAAUAUUGAACUCUUUGGCCUGAAUGCCAAGUGUCACGUCUGGAGGAAACCUGGCACCAUCCCUACGGUGAAGCAUGGUGGUGGCAGCAUCAGGCUGUGGGGAUGUUUUUCAGAGGCAGGGACUGGGAGACUAGUCAGGAUCGAGGCAAAGAUGAACGGAGCAAAGUACAGAGAGAUCUUUGAUGAAAACCUGCUCCAGAGCGCUCAGGACCUCAGACUGGGGUGAAGGUUCACCUUCCAACAGGACAACGACCCUAAGCACACAGCCAAGACAACGCAGGAGUGGCUUCGGGACAAGUCUCUGAAUGUCCUUGAGUGGCCCUGCCAGAGCCUGGACUUGAACCCGAUCAAACAUCUCUGGAGAGACCUGAAAAUAGCUGUGCAGCAAUGCUCCCCAUCCAGCUUGAGAGGAUCUUCAGAGAAGAAUGGGAGAAACUCCCCAAAUACAGGUGUGCCAAGCUUGUAGCGUCAUACCCAAGAAGACUCGAUGCUGUAAUCGCUGCCAAAGGUGCGUCAACAAAGUAAUGAGUAAAGGGUCUGAAUGCUUAUGUAAAUGUAAUAUAACAAAACUUAACAAAAUGUGGAAUAAGUCAAGGUGUCUGAAUACUUUCUGAAGGCACUGUAUAUGACUAAUGAACUUAAACGUUCAUUUGAAAACCAAUAGAACAUCAGAAAAGUGCUGGUUUCAAUCGCAUAUUAAGUGUUUAUAAAACAAUUUAAGUUUAUGGUUAAAUAGUUUCAAAAUGCUGACCGCCUCUGCUCAGAUUCAAGGUGGGUGAUGUGUGGUGCACAACAGGCAUGUUCCUUCACUCUCUGGUCUUUUGACGUUAAUGUUAAUCAUCCUUCAUUAUGUUUGUCUAACAUCACUGGCAUUUAGCCUAAAUAUAUGUAAAUAAAAGUCACAUUAAAGUUUGGCUACAUUUUCUGGAUGUCAGCAUCGGUUUGGACAGCAGGCUGUAGCCAAUAUGUACUGUAUAUCACCUACACUUUGACAUGUAGACUUUUUUACUUACAGUAUGUACAUGAAAAAUUGAUUUGAAUAUUAUUCCAAAGUUUGCCUCUCUGAUCCAAUUCUUUUCGGAGUAAUAGAUUGAAAUUGAGAAUUUGUUGUGAUUUUUUCUUUUUUUGUCCAUUCGGAAAUUAUUAUUAUUUUUUUACUUCUCCCGGACAAGAGGACAAGCGUUAAUGUCGAGCCCUACCUUCAACCAUUCCUUUUUUAAUAACUCAUCAGUCAUUCUGGUCUAUGGGUAUAUUGGUGUGUUACAGUGUGUGUGUUUGUCUGUUGUAGAGGUGCGCCGGGCCAUGUGUGUGGUGUGUGUUCCUCUGGAUGUGGAGGAUACACUGUGUUGUUUCAGGGAGGCCCUGGAGAAGGGCAAUCACUCUCUGCGGAUCUUCCAACACAGCCGCACACUGCUGCUACUGCUGCUGGCACACACACAGCCCUGUGAGUACAUCCUAUCCAUCUCAAUUUGCUGUGUGUUUGUGACUGUGGCCUUUAAUCAAUUACAUUUGCUCACCUCCUGCGUCCUCUCUCCUGCGUCCUCUCUCCUCCGUCCUUCUCGCCUCCUUUUAAAAAAGGUCAAAGUUAAUCGAGGAGAGUCAGCACGGUCCUUCUCCACUCGCGCAUCAUUAGGCAAAUUACGUUUACAGGGGUGUAGCAAAACAAAUGAAGUUAGUUGUGCAAGACAUUUUAUAGAUAAAACAAUAAAUAGCGUAUGUUUUACUCCUUUGUCGAAACAAAAGCUGAUUCAAAGGGGAUGUGGCAGAUUUAAAAAAAAAUCUGCUGUAGGAUACACAUUAAUAUCCUCAAUGAAUGGUGGCUAUCUUCUGUUUGCCUACUAGCGAAUGACACACUCCUCGACCACUCAACCACUUAUCGGUUUCCGGGUCACGGAAGAGAGAGGACGGAGGACUGUCUAUUGCCCAAAUGAGAAAACCCCUGUGUGUUGCUCAGUGGCAGGAGGAGGAGAAAGAGAGAGACAGCAGCAACCAAGCCGACUCGCAUUAGUUACCAACUUUUUGCUGCCAAAGCUAGGUUAUUUAUCAUCCAAUCUGAUUACAUAGUAUCUGUUUUGACUGCAUCAAACCGAGAAGAGAAGCUAGUUAAGCUAGCUAGCUAGCUGGGUUGGCUAAUCAAAUCUAGAUAGGCUGCGCUUUCCCCCGUCCUGCACAAUAACAACAGCAGCUCUAUUCAAUGUAUUAAGAAACAGCCUACCUGUUGGCUCUUAUAUCCUUCUCAUUUAACUUUUAAUUCCGUCAUUUUAAUUGCAUCUUCCAUUGAUCACCUAACUUGCUUGCCACAACACACACAGAGCCAGAGGCUAGUGCCGCUUUGAUGGCUUGGGAUUGGCCGACAAAAACAAAAAGCUACACGCGCCACUCGUGAACAAAACACGCGCCUCUCUCGGGUUCGUGUGGACCUGUGAAGAACCCUACUGUGUAUACUUUUUCAACUGUAACCAUUUGCAUGAAUUAACAUACAGUACCAGUCAAAGGUUUGGACACACCUACUCAUUCAAAGGUUUUUCUUUAUUUUAACUAUUUUCUACAUUGUACAAUAAUAGUGAAGACAUCAAAACUAUGAAAUAACUCAUGGAAUUGUGUAGUAACCAAAAGAGUGUUAAACAAAUCAAAAUAUAUUUUAUAUUUGAGAUUCUUCAAAUAGCCACCCUUUGCCUUGAUGACAGCUUUGCACACUCUUGGCAUUCUCUCAACCAGCUUCACCUGGAAUGCUUUUCCAACAGUCUUGAAGGAGUUCCCACAUAUGCUGAGCACUUGUUGGCUGCUUUUCCUUCACUCUGCGGUCCGACUCAUCCCAAACCAUCUCAAUUGGAUUGAGGUCGGGGGAUUGUGGAGGCCAAGUCAUCUGAUACAGCACUCCAUCACUCUCCUUCUUGGUCAAAUAGCCCUUACACAGCCUGGAGGUGUGUUGGGUCAUUGUUUUGUUGAGAAACAAGUGAUUGUCCAAACCAGAUGGGAUGGCAUAUCGCUGCAGAAUGCUGUGGUAGCCAUGCUGGUUAAAUGUGCCUUGAAUUCUAAAUAAAUCAUUGACAUUGUCACCAGCAAAGCACACCCACACAAUCACACCUCCUCCUCCAUGCUUCAUGGUGGGAACGACACAUGCGGAGAUCAUCUGUUCACCUACACUGCGUCUCAUAAAGACACAGCGGUUGGAACCAAAAAUCUCAAAUUUGGACUCCAGACCAAAGGACAGAUUUCCACCUGUCUUAUGUACAUUUCCCAUGUUUCUUGGCCCAAGCAAGUCUCUUCUUCUUAUUGGUGUCCUUUAGUAGUGGUUUCUUUGCAGCAAAUCGACCAUGAAGGCCUGAUUCACGCAGUCUCCUCUGAACAAUUGAUGUUGAGAUGUGUCUGUUACUUGAGCUCUGUGAAGCACUUAUUUGGGCUGUAAUUUCUGAGGCUGGUAACUCUAAUGAACUUAUCCUCUGCAGCAGAGGUAACUCUGGGUCUUCCAUUCCUGUGGCGGUCCUCAUGAGAGCCAGUUUAUCAUAGCACUUGAUGGUUUUUGCGACUGCACUUGAAGAAACUUUCAAAGUUCUUGAAAGGCUAACUUUUAAACAUUCAGGCUAUCCUAACUUCAAAUUCUUAAAAAUGUUUAUCAACUAUAUCUACACUGAGUUAAGGACUCAAAACAUUAAGGACACCUGCUCUUUCCAUGACAUAGACUGACCAGGUGAAUCCAGGUGAAAGCUAUGAUUCCUUAUUGAUGUCACUUGUUAAAUCCACUUCUUUCAGUGUAGAUGAAGAGGAGGAGAUAGUGUAUUUUAACACCAAUAAACCCAUUCAUUUAAAAAUGAAUUUAGUAUAUGUCAAUCUAGCAAACCAGGCAACUAAAAGCAACUUUCUAAACAAUGUUUUGGUUCGUUUCUAGCUUGUUAGUUCAAAUAAUGACCAUAUCAUUUAGCUGACAACGUCUUAAAUGUAGCUAAUUUGUAUUCAUUAUUACAGGAAAAUAAACUCACCACAAGAUAAUUAUUUACAAGUUAAUGGCGAGCUAAUUACAGAAAAUAGCUUACGGUUGUGAGUGUGACGAAAUAAAAGCAGGGCAUUCUACCGGAGAAUUUUUAGAACUUGGACACUGUCUCGUUGGCCUAACAUUAUAUCCUAAUUUGACUUUGGUGCAGGUCAUGUUGUUCUUCACAUUACCGUCUCUGGUAAACACACUAUAUCAAAUAAAAUCUACAUUUUUUUGUCACAUGCACAGGAUACAGAAUGUGUAAACGGUACAGUGAAAUGGUUACUUGGAUAGUGGAGUCUUUUGUUUAGACAUGUACUAAACAAUGAAACAUAAUCCCAGCUCCUAACGUUACUACUGCAUGAAUCUAACUAGGUUCAAUGUUAGCUAGCUAGCUAACAUUAGACUAUAACUAGCAAUGCAAAUGGAUUUGAAAUAUAAAUAAUAUUACUACACAGAUCAUACACGUAACGUUAGCUAGCCAGCCAGCCAGCUAAUGUUAGCUAGCUAGCUAACGGUACGCUUUAACUUGCAAUGUCAACGACUUUCUGACCAAAUUAGAAACGUAUAGUAUCUGAAAAUGUAGCUAGCUAGACUCUCUUACCCAUAUACAGUGGCUUGCGAAAGUAUUCACCCCCCUUGGCAAUUUUGCUAUUUUGUUGCCUUACAACCUGGAAUUAAAAUUGAUUUUUGGGGGGUUUGUAUAAUUUGAUUUACACAACAUGCCUACCAUUUUGAAGAUGCAAAAUAUUUUUUGGGGUGAAACAAACAAGAAAUAAGACAAAAAAAACAGAAAACUAGAGCGUGCAUAACUAUUCACCCCCCCAAAGUCAAUACUUUGUAGAGCCACCUUUUGCAGCAAUUACAGCUGCAAGUCUCUUGGGAUAUGUUUCUAUAAGCUUGGCACAUCUAGCCACUGGGAUUUUUGCCCAUUCUUCAAGGCAAAACUGCUCCAGCUCCUUCAAGGAGCUGCUGUACAGCAAUCUUUAAGUCAUACCACAGAUUCUCAAUUGGAUUGAGGUCUGGGCUUUGACUAGGCCAUUCCAAGACAUUUAAAUGUUUCCCCUUAAACCACUCGAGUGUUGCUUUAGCAGUAUGCAUAGGGUCAUUGUCCUGCUGGAAGGUGAACCUCCAUCCCAGUCUUAAAUCUCUGGAAAACUGAAACAGGUUUCCCUCAAGAAUUUCCCCGUAUUUAGCGCCAUCCAUCAUUCCUUAAAUUCUGACCAGUUUCCCAGUCCCUGCCGAUGAAAAACAUCCCCACAGCAUGAUGCUGCCACCACCAUGCUUCACUGUGGGUAUGAUGUUCUCGGGGUGAUGAGAGGUGUUGGGUUUGCGCCAGACAUAGUGUUUUCCUUGAUGGCCAAAAAGCUAAAUUUUAGUCUCAUCUGACCACAGUACCUCCCACAUGCCUUUUGGCGAACAACAAACGAGUUUGCUUAUUUUUUUCUUUAAGCAAUGGCUUUUUUCUGGCCACUCUUCUGUAAAGCCCAGCUCUGUGGAGUGUAUGGCUUAAAGUGGUCCUAUGGACAGAUAAUCCAAUCUCUUCUGUGGAGCUUUGCAGCUCCUUCAGGGUUAUGUUUGGUCUCUUUGUUGCCUCUCUGAUUAAUGACCUCCUUGCCUGGUCCGUGAGUUUUGGUGGGCGGCCCUCUCUUGGCAGGUUUGUUGCGGUGCCAUAUUCUUUCCAUUUUUUAAUAAUGGAUUUAAUGGUGCUCUGUGGGUAGAGCAUGGCGCUUGCAACACCAGUAUGCAACGCCAGUAUGAAAAAUGUAUGCACUCACUAACUGUAAGUCACUCUGGAUAAGAGCGUCUGCUAAAUGACUAAAAUGUAAAAAUGUAAAAUAACCCAACCCUGAUCUGUACUUUGUCCCUGACCAGUUUGGAGAGCUCCUUUGGUCUUCAUGGUGCCGCUUGCUUGGUGGUGCCCCUUGCUUAGUGGUGUUGCAGACUCUGGGGCCUUUCAGAACAGGUGUAUGAGAUCAUGUGACAAUUAGAUUGCACACAGGUGGACUUUAUUUAACUAAUUAUGUGACUUCUGAAGGUAAUUGGUUGCACCAGAUCGUAUUUAGGGGCUUCAUAGCAAAGGGGGUGAAUACAUAUACACGCACCCCUUUUCCAUUAUUUAUUUUUUAGAAUUUUUGAAACAAGUAAUUUUUUUCAUUUCAUUUCACCAAUUUGGACUAUUUUGUGUAUCUCCAUUACAUGAAAUCCAAAUAAAAAUCAAUUUAAAUUACAGGUUGUAAUGCAACAAAAUAGGAAAAACGCCAAGGGGGAUGAAUACUUUUGCAAGGCACUGUACAUGGAUGAACGCUUCUCCCUCUCUGUCACGGAUGCCAUGGUUGCCUUUAGUUUGAAGAUGUAAUCCGGAGACAGGUGUUUUAUACAACAGCCUUCUGUGUUCUCUUUUCCACUUCCUCCGCAUUUGCAAUCAAACGCCUGCAUUUUCUCCAUCUCCUUAAGUAUCAUACUCUGCUUCCACCAGGCAUUCCACUGAUUUGAAAACUCAGUCCUUUUUGUAUUAUCUUUUUUUUAAAGCCACGUUAGAAAGAAGGACCUACACAUACGAAUGACCUACACAUACUGAGUCUUAUGUUAUAGACGGAAGCAUGCUACAUGGCAGAUCAAUCCGAACUCAUCUCUCGGUAUGUCGAGCCCAUCCAUUAUCUCAGCCAAUCAUGGCUAGCGGGAAGGUUCCUGUCUUUUUCAGUGGUUAAACCAUCUAGGCUCAUGAUUUUACCAUUUGAUUCUUAUUUAGAGAUGGCAUACACGUUUGUUAUUAAGGCACAUGAAAGUUCACAUAUUCCAGAAGGCAUUUCUGCCAAAAAACGUAUUUUGAUAAAAAAAAGUUUCCUGAAAUGAGUCACAAUUGAGACAUGGAUUGUGUACAGUGCAUUCGGAAAGUUUUCAGACACCUUCCCUUUUUCCACAUUUUGUUACGUUAUAGCCUUAUUCUAAAAUGGAUAAAAUAAAAAAAUGUCGUCAUCAAUCUACACACAAUACCCCAUAUUCACAAAGUGAAAACAGGUUUUUAGAAAUUUUUGCAGAUGCAUUAAAUAUAAACAAAAGACAUACCUUAUUUACAUAAGUAUUCCGACCCUUUAAUAGGAGACUCAAAAUGUAGCUCAGGUGCAUCCUGUUUCCAUUGAUCAUCCUUGAGAUGUUUCUACCUGUGGUAAAUUCAAUGGAUUGGACAUGAUUUGGAAAGGCACACACCUGUCUAUAUAAGGUCCCACAGUUUACAGUGCAUGUCAGAGCAAAAACCAAGCCAUGAGGUUGAAGGAAUUGUCCGUAGAAGUCAGAGACAGGAUUGUGUCGAGGCACAGGUCUGGGGAAGGGACCAAAACAUUUCCGUAGCAUUGCAGUUCCCCAAGAACACAGUGGCCUUUAUCAUUCUUAAAUGGAAGAAGUUUGGAACCACCAAGACUCUUCCUAGAGCUGGCCGCCCGGCCAAACUGAGCAAUCGGGGGAGACGGGCCUUGGUCAGGGAGGUGACCAAGAACGAGAUGGUCACUCUGACAGAGCUCCAGAAUUCCGCUGUGGGGAUGGGAGAACCUUCCAGAAGGACAACCAUCUCUGCAGCACUCCAUCAAUCAGGCCUUUAUGGGAGUGUGGCUAGACGGAAGCCACUCCUCAGUAAAAGGCACAUGAAAGCCUGCUUGCAGUUUGCCAAAAGGCACCUAAAGACUCUCAGACCAUGAGAACAAGAUUCUCUGGUCUGAUAAAACCAAGAUUGAACUCUUUGGCCUGAAUGCCAAGAGUCACGUCUGGAGGAAACCUGGCACCAUCCAUACGGUGAAGCAUGGUGGUGGCAGCAUCAUGCUGUGGGGAUGUUUUUCAGUGGCAGGGACUGUGAGACUAGUCAGGAUCGAGGAAAAUAUGAACAGAGCAAAGUACAGAGAGGAGAUCCUUGAUGAAAACCUGCUCCAGAGCACUCAGGACCUCAGACUGGGGUGAAGGUUCAACUUCCAACAGGACAACGACCUUAAGGACACAGCCAAGACAACGCAGGAGUGGCUUCGGGUCAAGUCUGCAGAGAUAAAUGGGAGAAACUCCCCAAAUACAGGUGUGCCAAGCUUGUAGCGUCAUACCCAAGAAGACUCGAGGCUGUAAUCUCUGCCAAAGGUUCUUCAACAAAGUACAGAGUAAAGGGUCUGAAUACUUAUGUAAAUGUAAUAUUUCAUUUUUCUAAUUUUUGAUUUUAUUUCUAAAAACCAGUUUUUGCUUUGUCAUUAUGGGGUAUUGUGUGUAGAUUGAUGAGGGGGGGGGAAACAAUUUAAUCAAUUUUAGAAUAAGGCUGUAACAUAACAAAAAGUGGAAAAAGUCAAGGGGUCUGAAUACUUUCCGAAUGCACUGUAUGUGUGCCAUUCAGAGGGUGAAUGGGCAAGACAAAACAUUUAAGUGCCUUUGAACGGGGUAUGGUAGUAGUUGCCAGGCUCACUGUUUUGUGUCAAGAUCUGCAAUGCUGCAGGGUUUUUCAUGCUCAACAGUUUCCCGUGUGUAUCAAGAAUGGUCCACCACACAAAGGACAUCCAGCCAACUUGACACAGCUGUGGGAAGCAUUGGACUCAACAUGGGCCAGCAUCCUUUUGGAACGCUUUUGACACCUUGUAGAGUCCAUGCCCCAACAAAUUGAGGCUGUUCUGAGGGCAAAAGGUGGUGCAAGUCAGUAUUAGGAAGGUGUCCCUAAUGUUUUGUACACUCAGUGUAUAUAAAUUAGCGUAAAUUAUACACCAGGUUCUCAGCUUACCAAAUCCUAAUGAAGACAAUUUACAGUUGCUACACUAUUUUUGUGGAAAAGUAUUCUUUGUCUUAACUGAUUUCACUGCAUGCUUGAAACUAUGCCUAUGAAACUGACAUCUGUGUCUUUGUGCCAGUGUUUGAGGUUCCAUUCUGUAAGGAGAACAGUAGCCAGGCUCAGGGUCAUGGCAGGGUGGACUUUAACGUGACGGUGUGCACUGCCCCGUCCAUCGGCCCUCCAGACCUGACCACUGAGGACUACAGCACCCUGAGUUCUGUCUACGGCUGCCCUCUGGCCCCCAACCAGAUACACACCAUCAUCAACUCCUAUAGCAACUCCAUACGUAAGAGACAUUACCCAUAUAUCACUUAUUUUUUGCCACAUUUUUGUGAUAUCCAAUUGGUAGUUUACGACCUUGUCUCAUUGCUGCAGCGGGCUCAAAGGUCAAGACAUGCGUCCUCCGAAACAUAACCCACAACACUGCGCUGCUUCUUAACACACUGCUCGCUUAACCCGUAAGUCGGCCAUACCAAUAUGUCAGAGGAAACACUGUUCGACUGACGACCGAAGUCAGCUUGCAGGCAUCCGACCCGUCACAAGAGUUGCUAGAGCGCGAUGAGCCAAGGAAGCCCCCCAGGCCAAACCCUCCCCUAACCCGGACGACGCUGGGCCAAUUGUGCGGCACCCUAUGAGGCUCCUGGUCACGGCCGGCUGGGACACAGCCCCAGGCAGUAGUGGCGCCUCAGCACUGCGAUGCAGUGCCUUAGACCGCUGUGCCACUAACAUAGCUAUAGUCAAGGUCACGCUGUUACUCUUCACCACUCUAUUGCUGUUCACUAGUCUACCCGUUAGCCUCACAAAACCAGUAACUGUCAUCAGACCCAUAUUCCACUUGUAUCCGCAAAAAAAUGCUUGUGAUUGAUCUGUCUGAUUGUGCUGGAUAUUUGUUUCUGGGUGUGUUUAAAAAAAAAAAAAAAAAUGUAAUGAUGAUUUUUUACCUCAAUCUAGAAUACCUUCAGGCCAACAACCAUGACUCUCUCAGGGUACAGGCUCUACAUGACCUGGGAAACCUGCACUAUUAUAAUGGAAACAGAAGGUAAGAUAAGACCGUACUCAUAAUGUACAGUACUAUUUGUAUUGUGUUUAAUUUGUAUGUCUACAUGAUUAUAUACAAAAUUGUUAAAUACCAACGUUUUUUCUGAUUCUGUGUGAUUCUGCUUGUAACCCAAGGGCAGCUAAUUUCUACUGGAGCCAGGCAGUGGACUGUGCCCUGCAGAGCUCUGGGGUGCUAGACUCAUGGGACGGGGUGUCGUGGGGUACAGGUUCCCUCCAACACCAACCCACCCUGAGGCAGGCUGGAGUCUGGGGCUGUCUGCAGGGAGCUUUACUGACCGCUAAGAUCGCACAGUGAGUCUCUGAGUAAAGUUUGUACCAACUUUAGUAGCUAAGUACAGUAUACGGUGCAUUUGGAAAGUAUUCAGACCCCUUGACUUUUUCCACAUUUUGUUACAUUACAGCCUUAUUCUAAACUGGAUUAAAUAAAUAAAAAUCCUCAUCAAUCAACACACAAAAUAAAAAAACUGAAAUACUUUAUUUACAUAAGUAUUCAGACUAUGAGACUCGAAAUUGAGCUCAGGUGCAUCCUGUUUCUAUUGAUCAUCCUUGAUGUUUCUACAACUUGAUUGGAGUCCACCUGUGGUAAAUUCAAUUGAUUGGACAUGAUUUGGGAAGGCACACACCUGUCUUUAAAAGGUCCCACAGUUGACAGUGCAUGUCAGAGCAAAAACCAAGGCAUGAGGUCGAAGGAAUUGUCCGUAGAGCUCCGAGACAGGAUUGUGUCGAGGCACAGAUCUGGGGAAGGGUACCAAAACAUUUCUGCAGCAUUGAAGGUCCCCAAGAACACAGUGGCCUCCAUCAUUCUUAAAUGGAAGACAUUUGGAACCACCAAGACUCUUCCUAGAGCUGGCCGCCCGGCCACACUGAGCAAUUGGGGUAGAAUGGCAUUGGUCAGGGAGGUGACCAAGAACCCGAUGAUGGGAGAACUGCUCCCGAGUGGCGCAGUGGUCUAAGGCACUGCAUCGCAGUGCUAGCUGUGCCACUAGAGAUCCUGGUUCGAAUCCAGGCUCUGUCGUAGCCGGCCGCGACCGGGAGACCCAUGGGGCGGCGCGCAAUUGGCCCAGCAUCGUCCAGGGUAGGGGAGGGAAUGGCCGGCAGGGAUGUAGCUCAGUUGAUAGAGCAUGGCGUUUGCAACGCCAGGGUUGUGGGUUCGAUUCCCACAGGGGGUAUGACAUUUUUUUUUAAGUAUAAUAAUAAUGUGACUAACUGUAAGUCGCUCUGGAUAAGAGCGUCUGCUAAAUGACUAAAAUGUAAAUGUAAAUGUAGAACCUUGCAGAAGGACAACCAUCUCUGCAGCACUCCACCAAUCAGGCCUUUAUGGUGGAGUGGCCAGACGGAAGCCACAUGACAGCCCGCUUGGAGUGUGCCGAAAGGCACCUAAAGUACUCUCAGACCAAACAAGAUUCUGGUCUGAUGAAACCAAGAAUGAACUCUUUGGCCUGAAUCCUAAGCCUCACGUCUGGAGGAAACCUGCCACCAUCCCUACGGUGAAGCAUGUUGGUGGAAGCAUCAUGCUGUGGGGAUGUUUUUCAGCGGCAGGUACUGAGAGACUAGUCAGGAUCGAGGGAAAGAUGAACGGAGCAAAGUACAGAGAGAUCCUUGAUGAAAGCCUGCUCCAGAGCGCUCAGGACCUCAGACUGGGGUGAAGGUUUUCAAUAAACCUGUUUUUGCUUUGUCAUUAUGGGGUAUUGUGUGUAGAUUGAUGAGGGAAAAAACUAUUUAAUCAAUUUUAGAAUAAGGCUGUAACGUAACGAAAUGUGGAAAAAGUCAAGGGGUCUGAUGUCACCGUGACCUCAUUAUGUUUUGACCAACAGGUAUGCCUUGACCUCUAAUAUCAGUCAGCGCACAAAAUGCUGCCUCCUAUCUGCCCAGCUUUUCAAGGUAUUGUCUGUGUUUAACAUGUUGUGUUUGUACUAGCACAUCUUGUUCAUCUAAUAAACUUGAUCAAUACCAUGAUUAGUUGAAUUAGAUUAGUGCUUGGCUGGAACAAAAGCCUGCCCACCCUGUAUGUCUCCUGGACCAGGGUGACCACCGGUGUAGUUAGUCAUGUCCUGUGUGUGUCUAUUCCACCAGUGUCUCCUGCGUGCCUCCCUGCCCCACCCACAGAGUGACCUGCAGUACUCAUCCUAUACUGUAGGAGAGGAGCUGGUUCCUGGUCUGGACCUGUUCUCUGAACCGGACCGAGGACACCUGGGAACCACUGUGUCCAGCCUGGACUUCCUCUGCCACUGGCUCUACACCUCAGGACACCAUCUCACAGUACAUACACAGACUGCAUCUGAAAUGGCUAUUUUCUAUUUAGUGCACUACUUAUGAGGCAUGACUGGCAAUGUAUUCUUCUUUUUGAUUUUGAAUUAACCAAGCAUCUGACCAGGGAGUUUAGUAGCCAUCUCAAGAAAGUUAGCUAUUGGUUUCCAUGACUCUGUGUUCUGCUGUUACAGGCCCUGCCUAUGCUGGCUCUCUACCUGCAUUUUGUGGGGACUGUGUGCCGAGACCCACACCUCACCAUUAAAGGAAGGAUACUGAAGGUUGGUAUGAAUACCUGAGUUACAUGUGAUUCCACUGUAUGUACUGUGUAUGUGUGUGCCCGUUAGGAUAUGUGUAUUUCUACUGUGUGCAGGUGAAGGUGCUGACAGAGCUGGGGCAGUACUGUCAGGCCAUGAAGGAGACAUCCCAGAUGACUCAGGGAGAGGAGAUCCCACUGCCCCAUGGAUGUUACAGCGGCAUAGAGAAACAUGUGGUACUACUGACACACACACACACACACACACAUUCUCACACAGUUAAUACAGCAUGUUCUUUGAACAGAAUUUGUAUAUGAUUGAUUUUAUUGAUCUACAGACGUUCAGAAAGUUCUUCACCAACAAGUCUCUCAUGGACUCUGCAAACAUGCAGGUA